AUGGUUGGUAAUGGCCGUUCAAAUCCUAGUGAUGUAGAUGGUAAGAAAUCCGAAACUGAAAGUAACAAACGAGCCCCAACCUCGAAACCUCCCUUUACAUUAGCAGAUAUCAAGAAAGCCGUACCUCCUCACUGUUUCGAAAGAUCUUUGAUUCGAUCCUUUUCAUAUAUUGCGUAUGACCUCACCUUAGUCUGGAUCUUGUACCACCUCGCCACAACAUAUAUUCCACAGCUCCCUCACCCUCUUCCUUACCUUGCCUGGCCGGUUUACUGCCACCGCCGGCACCAUUCUAAUACUGGUUCUUUUGACCGUGACGAAGUAUAUGUCCCAAAGACAAAAUCAAAACUCGGUUCUUCUGCGUUUUACCUGGACAAUCCAAUAGGUCGAACGUUAACCCUUGCUGUCAAACUCAGUCUCGGAUGGUAUAUCUACUUGUCCAUCAAUGCUGCCGGAAGACCUUAUGAUAAAUUCGCAAGCCACUAUGAUCCAAGAAGCCCUAUUUUCUCUGAUAACGAGCGAGUCCUGAUCCUCAUCACUGACAUCGGACUUGUCAGCUUUUCUUUCUUGCUGUAUAAAGUGGCCACAUUUGCAGGGUUCGCUAAUGUUUUUUGUGUCUACGGAGGCGCGUUGAUGGUCAUGAACGCAUUUCUUGUUACCAUCACAUACCUUCAGCACACUCACCCUUCUUUGCCCCGCUACGACGACUCUGAAUGGAACUGGAUGAAUGGUGCUUUCUCAACAAUGGAUAGGGAUUACGGGGUUCUGAAUAAGGUGUUCCAUAACGUUACUGACACACAUGUCGUACACCAUUUGUUUUCUUACAUUCCUCAUUAUCAUGCCAUGGAAGCCACCAAAGCGAUCAGGCCAAUUGUGGGAGAGUUUUAUCAAAAAGAUAGCACUCCAUUUUUCAUGGCGUUAUGGAGAGAAUCCAAGAACUGUCUGUUUAUUGAGCCGGAUGAGGGUGAUGAGAAGAACAAAGGUAUCUACUGGUUCAGAAGUCAGUACUGA